AUGGACGAGAAAGACCGGAGCUACGUGGAGGCGCCGCCUACGCCACGGGCCAAGCCGUCGACGCAGUUCAGCCAUCUACCGAACCCGUUGGCGACGGCGUCGCUGCCCUCCAUCAUACUGGCGCAAUGGAUUCAGCCCAUGGUAUCACUCGGAGCUCGACGUGUGCUGGAGAAGGAGGACGUGUGGCCUAUUUGCUCGAGUGAUGCGUGCGAAUCGCUCGAGAAGCGCUUCAGACAGGUGUACGAGCCGAACCGUCGGCACGUAUUUAACAUAUCGCCGCUAGCAGCAGCAUACACACGGACGUUCCGAACCGAACUCACGUUCGUGCUGAUAACUUGCGUACUGUACGUGGUCGCGUUGGCGCUGCAGUCGUAUGUGGCACAGGUGAUCCUGCAGUUCCUAAACGAAGAAGAGAACCUAUUCCGUAUCUCCAGUGGCUACUGGUUGAUGGUCAUGAUGACGCUCAGCUCGCUCGUGGCUGUGUGUGCUCUCAACUACGUCUUCUUCUCGGCGUCGCGCAUUGGUGCCAACAUGCGGUCCUUGACCAUGUCGCUUGUGUUCAAUAAGACCUUGAAGCUGUCGAGUGCUGCGCGACAGGACUACACGACGGGCGAGGUGUUGACCCUCAUGAGUGUCGACACAGAACGGGUGUUCUUGCUGAUGAUCCAAGGCCCGUGGCUGUUCAUGGGGCCGUUAUCAUUCAUCAUCUCAGUUGUGCUGAUCGGUAUCCUCUUCGACUUCUACUCAGCUCUAGGAGGAGCGGUCGUGCUGGUCGUAGUGAUGGUCAUUUCGGCCAAACAGGGCCGUCGCAUUGCUGGCUUCCAGAAGAAGCUACUCCAGGUUAUAGACGAGCGUGUCAAGGUGACGUCUGAAGCUCUCCAAGGUAUUCGAGUUAUGAAGUUCUACGCGUGGGAAGAUUCUUUGGCUCAACGCGUAGAGAAACUUCGGGUGAGGGAAGUGAGUUUACUGCGGAAGUUCCACAUGUACCAGGUUGUCAACACGGUCAUGCUCUUCCUCACGCCAAGCUUCGUGUCUGGUGCUACGUUAGGUAUCUACACGCUUAUUCAUCACACUAUCACUGUUGUUGAGGCGUUUACCCUCGUAGCCAUGGUCAACAUUUGCCGAACAGCGCUGAACCAGCUGCCCCAGGCCGUCGCAGGCAUCUCAAAGGCGAAGAUCUCGUACGCUCGUCUGGAUGCCUUCCUUACUAGCGACGAGAUAGCUGCGCAGCAAACUCUUCAGACGGAAGAACGCACACCUACGGUUAAGUCCUCAUUGCUGAGCAAUACGAGUGAUGGCCACAGUGCGUCGAUCGGACGUGGGCGAAUUUCUAUCCGCGACGCCAGCUUUGCGUGGCCAACCACCUCUCAACGGGGCGUUGUAGUGACAGAGGAAGCAGAAACUCAAAGCAGCACCAGCAGUGGCUUUAAGCUUGACAGUAUCAACUUAGAAAUUGAGCGUGGUUCGCUUGUGAUGAUCGUGGGCAAGGUUGGAGCUGGGAAGUCCAGUCUACUUAGCGCUCUACUUGGUGAGAUGUCGCGCACGUCUGGUAUGCUCGAAAUUGGUGGACGCGUGGCUUAUGUUAGUCAAGACACGUGGAUCCGCAACGCAACUCUGCGCGACAACAUUCUCUUCGAGCAAGAAUACGAUGUCGAACGCUACGCACAGGUCCUCGAAGCUUCGCAGCUGGCAAUGGACUUGAAGGCUCUACCCAAUGGAGACUCGACGGAGAUUGGUGAGCGUGGCAUCAACUUGAGUGGCGGUCAGAAGGCUCGAGUGGCGAUCGCUCGAGCGAUGUAUCGAUCAGGGACAGACGUGUUGAUUCUGGAUGAUCCGCUGAGUGCUGUGGACCCACACGUAGCUCACGCGAUUUUCGACAAGUGUAUCGUUGGUAUGGCAGGUGACCAGACUCGGUUGCUAGUGUUGAACAGCCACUACGAUCUCUUAUCUCAAGCGGACCAAAUCGUGAUUAUGCGUGAUGGAGCUAUCGUUGGUCACGGCUCGUAUGCAACUGUGUUGGCCGACGCUGAGAAUGAAGCUAGAGAGGACGCCACGAAUGCGUCAUCCGGCCGAUUGAUUCGUGCGGAGGAUCGUGUCAAGGGCACAGUUGGGGCACACGUGUACAAAGCGUAUUUCGACGAGACUGGAGUCAAUGGUUGGAUGGUAGUUCUAGUGAUCAGUCUCAUGUAUUGCGUCGGUCAAAGCGCGCGGACGACGGUGGAUUGGUGGCCUGGCCAUUGGGCUCGUAACAUGCCUCGACGUGACGUGGACCCGACGUAUUCUGGCACGACUUUCGGCAUGUGGUAUCUCGGACUUAUCGUGCUGUGUUCAGUCCUCACCUUGGUACGCGGAGUUAUGAUGAUCGAGUCGUGUAUGCGUUCGUCUCAACACAUGCACGACGAGUUAUUCCGUCGCGUGCUGCAUGCUCCUGUCACUCGGUACUUCGAUGUGACUCCGAUUGGGCAAAUUCUGAAUCGAUUCUCGAACGACUUGGACCAAAUGGACACGACGCUGCCAUUGGAGUACCAGCUCUUUUUCCAGAACGUGUCUAUGGCUCUUGGUUCGUUGGUGGUCUCGGCUUUCGCGUCGUACUGGAUCGGCGUCUCCUACAUUCCGCUCUUCAUAAUCUUCGUCAUGACAGGACAAUACUUCAAGAAGACUUCAAGAGAACUCAAGCGACUGGAAGGUAUCACACGCACUCCGGUUUACAACCUUUUUAGCGAGACAUUGUCGGGGCUUCCGACGAUCCGAGCGUUCCGUAUGGAGAGGGAAUUCUCUGCGCGCAACCGUAAAGUUGUGGAUGCGAAUGCGAACAUGUACUUGACGUACUGGUCUGCCAGUCGUUGGCUGGCAACGCGUCUGGAUCUCAUGUCCGUAGUCAUCAUCUUCGUCGUCACGCUGUAUCUGGUAGCUACGCGCGGCGAGAUCGGCUCGAUGACGUCGGGACUUUCGCUCACGUACGCGCUCAUGCUGACAUCGGUCAUUCAGUGGGUUAUGCGGUCAGUGGAUCGUGUGGAUAACGCGACAACGAGUGUGGAGCGACUACUUUUCUUCCGCGAAAUUGAGCGAGAAGACGAUGGAGGCAAGCAGGUUGACGACCUGGUUGCUACUGACCAUCAAGUUGGUGCUGGAUCAGGUAACUCGUGGCCGUGGCGUGGUGCAGUCCGCUUCGAGGGGCUGUGCCUACGGUAUCGACCGGAACUACCGCUUGUACUUACAGGUGUUGACAUGGACGUCGCUGCCGGUGAGAAGGUCGGUAUCUGUGGACGUACCGGUGCUGGGAAGUCUUCACUUAUGGUCGCGUUGUUCCGUAUCUGCAACUUCGACAGCGGACGUGUGUUCAUCGACGACGUUGAUAUCGCUACUAUCAACCUGCGUGAACUUCGACGAAGCCUGGCUAUCAUCCCUCAGGACCCUGUGCUCUUCAGUGGACCGCUUCGUGAAAACCUCGACCCGUUCCGCGAAUACUCGGACGAGCGUAUCUGGAACGUACUCAAGAAGGUUCACAUGGCUGACAGUCUGCGUCGCUGGGGUGCGGGUCUGGACUUUGAGGUGGCUGAAGGUGGAGACAACCUGUCGGUGGGUCAACGUCAACUCAUCUGUAUCGGUCGUGCACUGCUCAAGGACAGUAAAGUGGUGGUGCUGGACGAGGCCACUGCCAAUGUGGAUACAGCCACGGACGCACUCAUCCAGACGACCAUCAAGGAGACGUUCGAGGACAAGACGGUGCUGAUCAUCGCACACCGUAUCAACACGAUCAUGCACUGUGACAAGAUCGCCGUGAUGGACGCAGGUCGCGUGGUGGAGUUUGAUUCUCCGUCAGCGUUGUUGGCACAGCCAAAGUCUGUGUUCGCUGCACUGGCCAAGACGUCGAUUGCAAACUAA